AUGAGUAUAAUAUAUUUAUUGUGUUUCAUUUUAUUUUUCGAUUUUCCAUGUUUGGUGUCUAGCUUUUAUAUAAAUCGAAUAAGAAAAUUGUGUGUCUUAAGACCCAAAAGAAGUUUAAACAAUGAAAAACCUUUUUUAAAUAGUGAAAAUGUUUUAAAUAAAAAUCAUGUGCGUAUUGAAUUUCGUUCUGGAAUUGGAGGUGAUGAGGCAGAACUAUGGUCUAAUGAAUUAAAAAAGAUUUACCAAAAUUAUGCAGAAAAAAAAAAAUGUACAGUUAAAAGUGUUAAGGAUGCCACCAAUUCGCUAAUUAUAAAAUCGCCAAAUGAUGUAAAAAUAAAUAAAGAGGGGGAAGAAAUUCAAAUAAGUUUAUACGAUUUAUUCAAAAACGAAUCGGGGAUACACCAAGUUAAAAGGAUUCCCAAAAAUGAGAAUAAGGAAAAAAUACAAUCCUCUACUGCUACUAUAGCAGUUUUUAUCCAAGAUUAUGCAAAUAAAUAUGAAAUAAAUUCAAAAGAUUUAAAAAUAAUGACAUUCAGGUCAAGUAAACCGGGGGGACAAAAUGUUAAUAAGAUCGAGUCUGCUGUAAGGAUUGUACACACACAUACAGGAAUACAAGCAGAAUCUCAGAAAGAAAGAACUCAAGAACUAAACAAAAAAAUAGCUAUGAAGAAAUUGACGCAAAAAAUACAUGAUCUUCGAAAUCGAGAAAAAGAACAGUCCCUUCAAAAUGAGCGAAGCAAAUUUACAAAAGAUUGCAGUCGAAGUAACCGAAUAAGAACCUACAAUUUUUUCACGGGAUAUAUAACUGACCAUGUGAAGAAUCGUAAGUAUGACUUGAUGUAUUUUGAAAAAGGGAAAUUGGAAUAUUUAUUUAAUAUAUAA